GUUCACACACUCUUUGUUAGCUAUCAUCUCUAAGUUGCUUAAUUUCUUUUUCUCUUGUACUUUCUUCACAAAACCAUCAAAAAAGUUCCAGUCUUUGAGUUCCCAAGGAUGGGGGGAAAUUCACCAUGCGCUUCCUGCAAGUUGCUUCGUCGCCGGUGUGCCAAGGACUGCAUCUUCGCCCCUUACUUCCCUUCCGACGACCCCCACAAGUUCGCCAUCGUUCACAAGGUUUUCGGUGCCAGCAAUGUCAGCAAAAUGCUUCAUGAGGUGCCGGUGCAACAAAGGGCGGACGCGGUGAGCAGCUUGGUGUACGAGGCGAACGCGAGGGUGAGAGAUCCGGUUUACGGGUGUGUAGGGGCCAUAUCGUUUUUGCAGAACCAGGUGUCGGAGCUCCAAAUGCAGCUGGCCGUGGCUCAAGCGGAGAUACUUUGUAUCCAGAUGCAGCAACGGGUCGAUGACGUCCCGAUGGUUCAACAGCUACCGGUUCCAACUGCUGCCCAUGGCGGCGGCACCGUCGGUCAAUUGUCGGAGGAGGACGACGAUAAACAGUGUCUUCUCCGCAAUCACCACCACCAUCAGUUCAUCAAUUCUAGCAAUGUAGUUCAUGAUCAAUAUUCUCUCAAGAGAGAGACCAACUUUGGUGACAUGGUUUCUUAAUAAUAAAACCUCCACUUACUUUCUCCUUUUU